CGAGUGUGAUCUUUUCAUGUCUGGCGCGAGAGAGAAUCUAGAAUGUAGAAUUGCUGCAAGGGAAAAGUGAUGGUUUUCUGAUUUAGCUGCUUAUAAUAUUUAGUUAAAUACGAUGCCAGUUCAGACAGAGCGUUGUGUCAAUCAUUUUGGAAUAGAGGUGGCAGACAGUGUCACUUGGCAGGGAUGGGAGCCUGGAGGAGAAUAUACACAACAAAUUGUACUUAAGAAUGUGCAGAUUAAAACUCAAAAGCUUCAGUACAAGUCUCCAUCAAGUAGAUUUUUUACUACACUCUAUCCUAAGCCUAUUGUUUUAAGCUCUGGAACCAGUUUCACCCUACCUGUCACAUUUAGACCUCUUGAAAAGGGACAAUAUGAAGACCGAAUAGAGUUUGAAACAAAUGAGGGUAUUUUUUCAGUUCCUAUGAGAGCUGUGUUGCCCAAAGCAGACAUCGCAGUACCUGAUUCCUUAAAGUUUGGCAUGUGUGCUGUAAAGGACUGUGUUCAAGUUAAUUUUCACAUCACAAACACCAGUGAACUAGUCACAAAUUUCCAGUGGCAAGUGUUGGAGCCAUUCUCUAUUGUACCAGAAAGUGGCACUUUAGCUCCAAGAACAUCAUGCAGUAUUAAAGCAACAUUUUGCCCCAAGGCAGCGUUAGUGUAUGAAGCCACUGCUGUGUGCACGUACAGUGCUGGGCAGAAGACUCCCUUUACAAAGCAUGUCAGAAUUGAAGGAAUAGGCAAAUUUCCUCACCUGGUGGCAAGUGUAUUGCAGAAAUCUUCAUUGAUAGAGCCAUCCAGCAAAGAAGAAGUGGUUUUGAACUUUGGUGAAGUGCCAGUUCAAAGCACUGCUAACAGAUGGAUUGAGCUUCAUAAUUUUUCUCCAGUAAAUGCACCCUUCCAAGUGCUACAGCCAUCAUCUGCGUCCAAUAUUGACACAGUAUUCUCAAGUUCACAUUACCAUGGAGUUGUUCCAGCAGAAAGUACGAUAAAACUGAAGGUCUCGUUUACUCCUCAAAAUCCUGGCCAGUAUUCAGUGGAUUAUCUGGAAGUUAUAGCUCUUGGAGCUACUAACUGUUCUGUUGUCAAAUGCACUGGAAUUGGAAAAGGACCUGAAGUUGCACUGGACUGUGACUUCCUUGAUAUGGGAGUUGUAGAGUCUGGUAAAUUUGCGGCGAAAAGUUUCAAGAUUACAAACAAUGCUGAAGUUCCUGCUGCUUUCCAGUUCAUGAUUGACUGUAGUCAGAGUGUCUUCAAGCUGGAAACAACAUGUGGUUUGCUGCCUGGCAAAGGUUCUCAAACUGUCAUUAUACGAUUCUCUCCAACAAAUCCUAUUAAUUACUACAGGAGACUCACUUGUCUUGUCGAAAAUCAGAAUCCAUUGUUUGUUGAUAUGUUUGGGACUUGUCACACAGAACAAGUGAAACCAGCUGUUCUGGAGAAGAAGCAUCUGGAUAGAUAUCAUACUCAUGUCAGACGUGGAUUCUCAAAAAUUUCACCAGAGGUAAGUUUUCAACUGCAGAUUUUAUUACUGUUCAGGUGCUUAAAAAGAGGAAAAUUAAUUUCCUUGUUUUUUAUAUAUAUUCUAACCAAAAUCCUGUAUCAUGUGUACUAAAGG